AUGCAAGAGUCCACUUCUGCACAGGUCGUUGGCCGCGAACUCUCCUCCAUAGAUGCGGAGGCACUCGGCAGACAACGGCCAGCGGCAUUCUCUACAAUAUGGCAUGAGUUGGGCUUUGCCAUCUCGCUCCUCGGCUCCAUGGCCAUGUCUGAGUUCUUCAUUUCAGGCUUCCAUAUUGUCCUUCCGCUUCUCGCCGUCGAGCUCGACAUGUCCCCCGCGGCGCAAACCUGGCCCUCCAGUGUCUUCACCCUGACCGCCGCGACGUUCCUACUGCCUCUUGGCCGACUGACCGACAUGUACGGCGCCUACGUCGUCUUCAACAGCGGUCUUGUCUGGGUCUGCAUCUGGUGCCUCGCCUCGGGCUUCAGCCAGAGCUGCAUCACCCUGAUCGUGUGCCGCGCCAUGACCGGCGUCGGGGCCGCAGCCUUUCUGCCCGCCGGCAUCACGCUCAUCGGCAAGAUCUACCGACCGGGUCCGCGCAAGAACCUAAUCUUCGCCGUCUAUGGCGCCUUUGCCCCCCUGGGCUUUUUUCUGGGCAUUCUGCUUGGAGGCGUGACGGGUCAGCUCCUGUCCUGGCGGUGGUACUUUUGGAUCGGUGCCAUGAUGCUCGCUGUCAUUUGCGCAGCCGGCAUCGUCUCGAUUCCACGGGACUUUCGCACGCGCGCUCCUGAUGGUCUAACCAUGGACUGGCUAGGGGCCGUCACGAUUGCCCCGGGGCUGAUACUGCUGGUCUAUGGCAUUACGGAUAGCUCCCAGGCACCGCAGGGUUGGGCGAGUCCGCAGAUCAUCGCAGCCGUCGUCACUAGCGCGUGCUUCCUCGCUGUGGCUGUAUAUAUCGAAGGCUGGGUCGCCACGAACCCUUUGGUUCCGUCUGAUCUUUUCUCACCAACGUACAUGAAGCGACUUGUCGUUGGACUCUUCUUUGCAUACGGCGCCUUCGGCAUAUUCCUCUUCUAUAGCAGCUUCUACCUCGAGCUCGUAUUAGAGAAGAGUCCACUGCAAACCGCUGUCUGGUAUAUUCCCAUGAUUAUCAGCGGCCUUGUUCUCGGAGCCGUUGGCGGAAUGACUCUCCACUUGCUCCCUGGGCGUACACUACUUUUACUGUCUGGGACUGGCUUUGUUGUAGCCUGCCUUCUUUUCAGCCUCAUGCCAGCAGGCCCAAACUAUUGGGCUUGGAUAAUGCCCGCGAUGAUUGCAUCGUCCAUCGGCAUCGACAUCACAUUCACAGUCAGCAACGUCUUCAUCACGAACAAUCUGCCCGGCAGGCGUCAAGGUCUCGCUGGAGCCCUCAUCAACAGCACAUUGUUCUUGGGAAUCAGCGUCUUUCUUGGUUUGGCCAAUGUAGCCGUCGCAAAUACUUCCGACUUGCCCUUGAGGAAAAAUUAUCAGGUUGCCUUUUGGCUUGGUGUGGGUGUUUCAGGAGUCGCGAUGUCGGUAUUCGCAUUUAUCGAUUUAGGGCAAGCCAAGAGUGAGUUGACAGUCGAGGAGCGAGAGCGGAUGGAACAAGGAGCUCACCAGGGUGCCUGA